GGAUCUGCAUUGUAAGUAGCUGUGAGAGCAGCAGCAAGUGGUGGCUGUUUUUCAGCCUGUUUUUGUUUUCCCAGAGGGACGCGGCACAGUGAACAAGAACAAGGAGAAGAACCAGGCAGAAGAUUUUAAAGAGUCUCAGCUGAGAUUGAAAAGAAAGAAACUGAAGGAGAGGACGAGAGGAAGAAGGUGGCAAGGGAAGCCGGGAGGAACACAAGGCAGCAAUGGAUAGCAGUGUGGCUCAGCCUGACCCUGGGAUAGCUUGGAUUCACACACAGCUGCUGGCAGCCAGCCAGCAAACACACUAGGCUGCUAACACCGAUGAGUUCCCAUGUGUUCGUUCAGCCAUGCUACCUGGGUAUGGAUUCUCACCUUUUCCUGACUUCCAACCUCACCUUCACGCUUUUCGCUGCCGAGGAGAGAGUUCCAGCAUGUGGAUCCCUGGCUCGGGGGAGUCCCAGGCACUGAGCGAGGCCCAGGAGGACAGGCCUCUCCUCCACCCGUGCCACCACAAGCAUGUAGCAGUGUGUCAGCAGGAGACAUUGGCCUUUAUUGCGCUACAACCGCCAGUGACUCCUAAACUUAACUUUCUUGGCUCUCUGAGGCACACUGCUAUUCCAGAGGCACAAUGCACUACACACACCCUGCCCCUGAAUGGUUUCAGACACACACUCAAUGAACUGAAUGACAUGCAGAACGGCUGCCAAAGGACUGACAAUGAGCAGGACACAAUGUUGAAUUUGAACUGUCACACAUCUUCAGGUGACUGUGAGUUUGAAUGUCUAAAUGGCAUCAGGACUUCUUUGCAGGAGCAGAAAGAAAAACCUCAUUCAGUCACAACAGUAUGUCGUCCUCUCCACGCAGCUCUUAGCCUCGAUCUGCCGUUCCCUUUGUCCUCUCUUUACACAAACACAGACCCCUGGGAAUCUCAGUUACCUUGCUCUUCAUCCUUACCUGAAGGUCCGGAGUGUCGGAGCCCAGACUCUUGCCAGCCACAGAGGAGGACAUCCCAGGGUUCACUGAAGGAGAAGUCUAUACGGAGAAAGAUGCAGAUUUAUUCUCCAGACAGCCUGAGCGAUGAAUCUCUCAGCAGCCCGAUCCUGGAUGCAGACUACCUCUUCCCAGGAGCCUUUGCUUCUUUCCUGGAGGAGGACCUCAGCGGAUUAUCUUCCCUGGAGGCCAUUUCCUGCCCUUCCUCCAUAGACGGCCUCUCAGAUCUCCCAAACCUCAGUGAGGAGGAUAUUUUCAAUCUACGAGAACCGCUUCACAUAAUAGAGGACUCACUGCCGGGGCUGGGGGAAGACAGCGGGGAUGUAGAGACGUCCAAUGCCACAGGGGGGAGCUUUUUGUCCCGGAGCCGUCAGGGGGAUCAGGAGCGAAGGCGUUUCUCUGCAUCAGAGCUGAUAUCUAGACUGCAGCUUUCUCAGAGGAAGAGCUCCUUCACACUGAAACUGGGGAAGUCUCUGUCAGCUCGAGUCGCCUCUCGAGACAGACAGAGCACCAUCAGCCUCGGCCCCAACGCUGACUAUAAGUCCCACUCAAGGCACCGCAGCUCCGGAGGCUCCAGUGACAGCGCCCCCCACAGUCCUGUAGGACCUCCACCCGCUCUGCCAGCCAGCGACAAUGGCAUGCCUUUGCAUAGGUGGAGCACCAAACUCGGAAUGCGAAAGAAAUCCCUGGAGGAAGACUGCACACUUCCAACCGUCGCCAGUGUUAACCGCUUAUCACGGUUUUUACCUAGCUCGAUCCUGUACCAAGAAUACAGCGACGUGGCCAUCAACAGAGAGAUCCAGAGGCAGCAGGGGAAGGAGCCUGGCACGGAGGAGGAGGGUCUCAGGGACGAGGGGUCAGAUGGGACCCCGUCUCCAUCUAAUCUGUCCCCGUCCAGCUCCUUCCGCUCUUCACGAGGCUCUGCUUUUGCUCUUUGGCAGGACAUCCCCGAUGUUCGCUCUAGUGGCCAGCUGGACAACUUCAGCAACGAGGAGCGAAAAUUACAGGAAGCAAAGUUCGAGCUGGUGACAUCAGAGGCGUCGUAUAUUCGCAGUUUGACGAUUGCAGUGGAUCACUUCAUGUUGUCGCAGGAGCUCGCAGAGUGUCUCGGGGCUCAGAAUAAGCAAUGGCUCUUCUCAAAGCUGCCUGAAGUCAAAGGCGUCAGUGAGAGGUUUCUUCAGGACCUGGAGCACAGGCUGGAGGAAGAUAUUCUGCGUUUUGAUGUGUGCGACAUCGUCCUGGAUCACUGCCCCGCCCUGCGAAGGGUUUAUUUACCUUAUGUGACAAACCAGGCGUACCAGGAACAGACGUACCAGCGUCUGCUGCACGAGAACCCUCGUUUCCCCGGGAUCCUGGCUCGUCUGGAGGAGGACCCCGUCUGUCAGAGACUUCCUCUCACCUCUUUUCUCAUCCUCCCGUUUCAGAGGAUCACACGGCUGAAAAUGCUGGUGGAGAACAUCUUAAAGAGGACGACACCGGGCUCCCGAGAUGAGGACACUGCCACGAAAGCUUUCAAUGAGCUAAAAAAGAUCAUCAAAGAAUGCAACUCCAGCGUGCAGUCCAUGAAGAGGAUGGAGGAACUUAUUCAUCUCAACAAGAAAAUCAACUUCGAGGGAAAGAUUUUCCCUCUGAUCUCUCAGUCCCGCUGGCUGGUGAAACACGGAGAGCUGCUGGAAGUGGACACGCAGAUGAUGAGUAUUUCUGGAUCAAAGCUCAAGUUGCCGACCAAGCCGGUGUACCUCCACCUGUUCAAUGACUGUCUCCUGCUGUCCAGGAGGAAGGACACGUGGAAGUUCAUGGUGUUUGUCCACGCUAAGAUAGGAGAGCUGAAGGUGAAGGAUCUCAGUCAGAAGCUACAGGGCAUCUCAGGCUUCAUCUUCCACCUGCAGCUAUGUGAAGGCCAGCAGCUCAAACACCAGAUCCUGCUCAAGUCCAACACUGAGAGCGGGAAGCAGAGAUGGAUCACAGCCAUGUUUCCAUCUGAUCCACUGGAAGACAUCGGGCAGGCCACUGAGAAUGACGAUAUAGCCCAGGUUCAGUGCAUCAAAAGCUAUCAGGCCCAGGAGCACGACGAGUUAACUCUGGAGAAGGCGGACAUUCUUCACGCUAAGACCAUUACAAGUGAUGGCUGGGUGGAAGGCAUCAGACUGUCUGACGGGGAGCGGGGCUGGUUCCCCAAGACUUACGUGGAGGAAAUCACGAGUCGAAGUGCUCGCCUCCGCAACCUGCGGGAAAAUAUCCGCAUCAAAUGUGUCACACAGAAACUGAAGGGGGACGACUGACGCUUCUACUGCAGCUUGUCGUGUGUCAAAGGCGCUUGCUAAGUUGCACUUAAAGUUGCACAAACGUUUUCUCCUCAAGUAUGACACUUUGGGCCUAAUUUAUCCUUAUCUAAGGGACUUGCUUAAAAGUGGUGCACAGAAUCUUAAAAGGUUUUCUUAAGUCAUUUGUUGCAUGCAAAGAGAUUUUACCAUAAUAAAAGACGUAUUAUUGGUGAUAUCUGUAUCUUCUCCCAAAAUUGGCCUCUAUAUUAUCACCAAUAACUGGAAACAACAAAUGUGGGAGGACGUUGUGGAUGGAUGUGGGUCUGAAAAUAUGUUUAGUACGCUUAAAUAUCCAACACUUUUUACCGUGUGAGAACGUUUUUGUUUAGCAUGCUGGAUGAAAGAUGACAUGAAAAAGCUUUUAAUGCCCUUGUAAUUUUUUAUUUGAAAAUGCUUUUAUACAAUGAUUUUGGUGAAAAACUUUUCCACCAGGACAUCUUUAACAUUUUUGCCUCUCAAUCACUUUUUGAAUGUUUUCUAUGAAUGCACCCAUCACCAUUUUAAAAGCCUGAAAAACAUAUGCACACUCCCGCACAGGAAAUACAUGUUAUCAUUCCUUGGUUGAUGUCAGAGUUAGUAUUCUCCAAGGGCAGAUUCCCUUUUAAGCAAUCCACAUAUUCAACAAACAUGUGCCCUAGUUACGGAAAGAAAUGAAAGCCUGGUGCAACAGUUUAUUAGUUUCACCUCUUAAAUGUUGGACUGUUAUAACAUGUUUGCCACCCCAUUAAGAGAGUGACUCCCUCCCCUUAGGCACUGUAAAUGUCUGUAGCUGUUUUUUUAAGACUGUAUGAACUCUGACGGUUGUCUAGAUAAGGCAGCUGCAGAGUGAUGGUUUAUUUUAUUCUUUUCAAAUGAUUUCACAAUUCUUUGAAACACAAAUGAAGGACAGACUUUCCUCCAACCAAGCCCACACCACACAACUUCUGUUGUUCCUAAUCUAACUAAAGGAUGUCUAUAUUCCGUGUUUUUAUUAUUGUCAACAAAUCCCAUGAACAGAUUAAAAAAAAAAACAAUGACAAGUGUCAUCAGUGUGGCUAUAAAGCUCUGUAGUUAAAAAAAAAAAAUUGUCACACUAAUACACUGGGUGACCAAUGUCCAAUCAAUACCAUGAACACACAUUGGAAUUUAUCCCAAAUUCACCACCGUACUGAUUCUAGCUCACUGUAUAAAUUUACUGCUAAAAAAAGAGUCCCUAACUAAUGCACUACUUACUUUAGUUUCAGUCAAAUGUGCUAAAAACUACAUUGACCAGCUGUUCAAGUUAAUAAUUAGGCUUUUUUAAUAUUGAAAUGAUAUAUAUAGAGUGGUGCAAGAAAACGAGUUAGCAUUUUAGCACUUGGGGGUUUCCUCAACUCUCUAUUUUAUUUUCAAUAAAAGGUUAGCCUAAAGGAAUUUCUCCUGUUGUCCUACGAAAAAAGUCUAAAAACCGGCCCCGGCCGUGGCACAACUGGCUGGGGCACCUGCACCGUACGCCGGCGACCCGGGUUCGAUUCCCGACCCGUGGUCCUUUCCGGAUCCCACCCCGACUCUCUCUCCCACUUUCCUGUCACUCUCCACUCUCCUAUCCAAUUAAAGGCAAAAAGCCCCCCCCAAAAAAAGUCUUAAAACCCAGCCUGUGAAUGUUUGAUGUCUUAAAAAUGGCAGCUGCUAAUUAAAUGAGACAACUUAACGUCAUUACGCGGAACAUUAGCUGCCUUUAACUUAUCCGUGUGGGCAUGAUGUGUCCGUGAUUAAGCUUGUUUAUAUCAUAAGCCAUUUACUUCUGGAGAUAGCAUUUACAGAUCACUAAUUGUAAAAAAGUUGCAACCCCAUUACUCUAUGUUGAGGAAUCCCUUGCGAAGCUAACUUGUAACACUCAGCGUCUCAUUUUAAAGAAUUGUAAAAAGUAGGAACAGGUUUGGCUCGGAGCUGAAGGCCACAGAUAGUUAACAGAGGUUUGAUGGGUUUUUUUUAUUUCGUGGUAUUUGUUGACAGUAAAAGUAAAAAAAUGCAAAUUGACACCUACUGAUAUAUCAGGACGCAUUAACAUCAACGUCUUUGUGGUGAAAGUACAACACUGUGCUUCCUGUUUACUAAUUUUAAGGAUUUAGCCCCGGUUGAAUAAAAGUUAGACAAUGUUGUGUUUUGCUAACGAUCCAGGGCCAUGUAAUGCUGUCAAACACUAAGCACUGAAAUACAUUUCGGUCUAAAUCGUUCCCCUUGUAGUCUACAUGUAAAAAUGACCAGAAGCGCAGUGUAACUGAGCUGUUAAUGAACCACUAUAAUCAACUCUUCCAGUGGCACAUUAAAUGUUUAUAACCCCUUUUUUUCUAUUUCUGCGUUGUUAGUUGUAAUUUAAGUGGUUGCUGUUGCAGCAUGUGUAUUUAUACUCCUAUAGCUGGUUGUUCUCUAAGGAGAUUCUGAUGUAAAUGUACUUUACUGUAGAUGGCUUCAUGUAUAAAGAGUAGAAAAUGUUCAGUUACUAUUUUGACUGUAAAUUAUGAACAGACAUUUGACAAAUAUUAUUACAAUCCACUACUAUAAACGUUUUUUUUUGAUUUUCAUUUUUAAUACCACAUGAAUAUAAAUACUGUAAUACACUGGAUGUUUACUGGAUCUCUGCACACUACUGUAAAUGUUUAACCAUGGAAAUAAAUACAGAUACUUUCCUUUGA